AUGUCGGACUUUGUCGGGAGUAGAUAUGAUAAGCAAGAAGAUUUUCAAGUUUUGCUGAGCAAGAAAGAUCCUGGAGAACCACCUCAGCACAAGCAUUACCUGUCGAUGGCACACUGGACCAAAGCAAGCAGCAGUGCAGAACCACGAAACAACAAGGGCACUACUAUGAAAGAUAGCGAGGCCAUGCCAUAUGAAUUCAUGAAAUCUACAGUUGCUGAAAGGCUCAUGGUAGGAGUAAGCCGUGGAAGUGCCUCCAUGCAGCAUGCUCGACAGUUCAAUUCUAGUAUGUGGGGUAUGGCACGCCAUGUUUCCAAUGAAUUGGGACCAAAGAAUAGUGAACAGGUUGAUGAGUCUUUUGAAAAAUCUAUGAAGGAUGCUGUGAACUUGCGAGCUAGGGCAGUUGUGUCAGAAACUUAUUCUAUUCACAAGCUUUCAGAGUUACCGUUGGAUUUUCAGAACCUUGGGAGCUCAGAUGAUCCAAGUCCAGAUUGGAGCCACUUUCCAAUGUUCGAAAUUAAUCGAAAGAUUGACAGUAUUCUCAACCGUAAACGAAGAUCUUCAGCACUUGGUCCAGCACCUCUGAAUCUAAAUGUGUCUGCAUCCCAAGUGAUGGCCCUAUCAUCACAAGAAUACAUGAUGCACUCACAUCAAAUAGCUGACGAGAACAUGGAUACAUGCAAACCUGCAGAAGGCUUUGCUUCUCGCAUAGAAGAUCCUGCUGGCCUCAACUCAGAUCCUUCAGGGCCAAAGUUAAAAGGACAAUUAUUGGAUACCAUGUCAUGUUCUUGCAGCAAGGACGACAAUAACUCAGCAGAUUGUCCAAUAGAUGAGCAGCAUACAAGCCACUAUUUUGCAAACUCAAAGCAUGAACUACCCUCUGUAUCUAACAAAAAGAAGUUCAAGUUUGCAGGAAACAACCACAAUCGAAUUGUUGCAAGUGCGGCCCACAAUCUGAAGACAAGAAGAUCUGCUGUCCAUAAACAACAAAGUGCUGCAGAGGCAAUGUUCUGUGCACCAGUACUUGGUAGUGAGUUUCAGAAUGAACCAAUAACUAUUUCCAAUAUCGGCAAGAAGGAUGGUGAAAAUUUUCAUGAGAUGUAUAAAUCUCAUGGCAAGGCUGUUUCGUGUUCUUUGUUACCAUAUGAGCAUCAUUGUCAUCUGAAAACACAGAGAACGGAAUCUGCAGGAAAUUUGAAAGUCUGCACAUUACCUGAUCAAACUGCAAAUAAAUUGACAGAAAAGAGUAAUGGAAAAUCUAGCAGCUUUGGAGUUUGUAUGUACGGCACCAAUAUUGGCAGUCGGUUAUUCGGAGCACAGAAUCAAUCUUCUAAGACUGAAACAUUGCACAGCGAUACUCUUAUUGGGUCCAAAUCCUCAGCAGGCAUUGCUUCAUUGCCGGCACAAAAGGACUAUGGUUGCUCAGACGAAGCAAAAAGUGAGCAGCUGGCAGCUCCGUCCAAGAGAGGAGAUUCAGGAUACAGUAAAGAAGAUGGAACCCAUAAUGUCAAUGAAGGUCACGAUUAUUCGUCCAAAGCAACCAUUGGUAGUAAGCAAUCGUGCAUGCCCGGAACAGGAAUCACGAACCUAGAUCUCUUACUUUCCCAAAUGAGCAGAAUGAGAAAUCAAAUUUCCAGUGGUAUAAUUCAACCACCAAUAGGUGCUGAGCCAAGUGAUAGAUGGCUCAAGCGCCUACAGCUUGACAUAUCAGAUCCUGACAUGCCUGGUUCCAAGAGGCCAAAAGUUGGAGACAGUCCUCCACUCAGGCAAAGAGAUCGUUCUUUUGAUAUGGCACUUCCUUGCAACAGGACUGACACUGGAGCAAUCGAUCGUGUUAAGGAGGACCAGAGCUUGGAUGAAGGGAAAAAAUUGCAAGAAAAGCAAGAAAGAACCCCAAUUCUAGAGAAGAGCGUGAAUAGUUGGAUAGGAAGAUGGUGCCAGGGUGGCACUCCUGUUUACCAUGAAGACCCAGGCCAGGGACGGCAAGCAACAAAGCCUGGCCGGUUAUCCGAAGAACUUGAAGGUCAGUUCCCAAGCAUUGCAGCGAUGGCGAUGAUGGGGCGAGCGAUGAACAAGCUUCGGCCAUGCGAGCAUCAGAAGAAGGGGCCGUUUGUGGUGUGGAAGACAGAUUGA